AUGCCACAUUCCUCCGUCGCACGGAGCCCCAGUGCAGGAGGAGGCAUGGAGGAGCCACAGGGCAACACUCUGGUGAUCCGCAUUGGAAUACCGGACCUGGCACAGACGAAAUGUAUGAAGUUCGAUGCGGACGCUCCUAUCUGGUUGUCUAAGCAGCGUAUCCUGUGUACUUUGAACCACAGCCUGAAGGACGUGCUGAACUACGGCCUCUUCCAGCCAGCUCACAAUGGAAAGGCUGGCAAGUUCCUGGACGAGGAGAGGCAGCUGAAGGAAUACCCACUGCCUUCUGCUACACCUGUACCAUACCUGGAGUUCCGCUAUAAGAGACGUGUCUACACACAGACGCACCUGGAUGACAAGCAGCUCUCCAAACUACACACCAAGGCGAACCUGAAGAAGUUUAUGGAGUAUGUUCAGCAGAGGAACAUUGAGAAGGUGUCCAAAUUCCUGGAGAAAGGUCUGGACCCCAACUUCCACGACCCUGAAUCGGGAGAAUGUCCUCUGACCAUGGCAUCUCAGCUGGAGGGCUGUGCAGAGCUCAUCAAGGUGCUGAAGAGUGGAGGAGCUCACCUGGACUUCAGGACCCAAGACGGCAUCACUGCCCUGCACAAGGCUGUCCGCACCAAGAACCAUACAGCGCUCAUAACGUUGCUGGACCUGGGUGCGUCUCCUGACUAUAAGGACAGUCGAGGGUUAAGUCCACUCUAUCACAGCUCUAUGGUAGGAGGAGACCCCUACUGCUGUGAACUACUGCUCCACGACCAUGCUCAGGUGGGCUGUGUGGACGAGAACGGCUGGCAGGAGAUACACCAGGCGUGUCGUCAUGGUCACGUUCAGCACUUGGAGCACCUGCUGUUUUAUGGAGCUGACAUGGCCGCCCAGAACGCCUCUGGAAACACCGCCCUGCACGUCUGUGCCCUCUACAACCAGGAUAGCUGUACCAGAGUUCUACUGUUUCGGGGAGUGAAUAAAGAGAUCAAGAACUACAACAGCCAGACGGCCUUUCAGGUUGCCAUUAUAGCAGGAAACUUUGACCUGGCUGAAAUCAUUAAGAUCCACAAAGUGUCAGACGUUGUGCCUUUCAGGGAGACCCCCUCCUACACUAACCGUAGACGUGUGUUGGUGGGAGGACUGCCUUCGCCCCGCUCCCUGCUGCGCUCCGCUAGCGACAACAACCUCAACGGGGAGAGCGGUCACGGUCUGGGGCAGGCCCUGCGGCAGGGUCACGGUCGACAGGGUCAAUCUCCUGUCCCCUCUCUGAGGAGCCUGCCUGCACUGGGACAACACCAACAACACGCCAGCCUGGGGGAGACUCAUCAUGGAGAGGUGCCAGACAGCAGUCUCCAGAGCACAGGCAGCUCUCGCUCCUCCCACUCCCGCUCUCCCUCGCUACACAGUCAUCUGCAUGAGGGCGAUCAGAGCGUCAGGAGGGCACAUGGACACGCUCUGGGACAUGUCCCUCGAGGACGCCUCAGGUUGUUGCUGGGUUACUGUCCCCUUGGCGACCCGACCAUGUCGGUGACCACAGGCUUUAGCUACCAGCUGCCUGGCAUCACCACGGUAACCUAUGUGUUUGUUUACAGCCCGGGAACGGUACAGCGGGACCCCAGCCCCCCCACCCACACCCCCCCUGCCAUUACCGGCGCCAGUGGCCCCAAACGGAAACUCUACAGUGCCGUGCCGGGACGCACCUUCAUUGUGGUCAAACCGUACACGCCACAUGGCGAGGGAGAGAUCCAGCUGAACCGUGGAGAGAGGGUCAAAGUGUUGAGUAUAGGAGAAGGAGGCUUCUGGGAGGGCACGGUCAAGGGGAGAACAGGCUGGUUCCCUGCCGACUGUGUGGAGGAGGUUCAGAUGAGACAGUACGACCCUCGGCUAGAGACAAGAGAGGACCGCACUAAGAGACUGUUCAGACACUACACUGUGGGAUCCUAUGAUAACCUCUCCUCAUACAGUGAUUACAUCAUAGAGGAGAAGAAUGCUAUGCUGCAGAAGAAGGAAAACGAAGGAUUCGGCUUCGUCCUACGGGGAGCUAAAGCUGAGACACCCAUUGAGGAGUUCACCCCAACACCAGCGUUCCCUGCCCUCCAGUACUUGGAGUCUGUCGAUGUGGAGGGAGUGGCCUGGAGGGCAGGGCUUAGGACAGGAGACUUCCUCAUAGAGGUGCACGGGGUGAACGUGGUGAAGGUGGGCCAUAAGCAAGUGGUGUCUCUGAUUAGACAGGGGGGCAACAGCCUGCUGAUGAAGGUGGUCUCUGUCACACGCAAACCUGAGUCUGAGGAGGUAGUCCGCAAGAAAGCUCCCCCGCCACCCAAAAGAGCCCCCAGCACCACCUUGACGCUGCGCUCCAAGUCCAUGACUGCCGAACUGGAGGAACUGGCUUCCGUCCGGAGGAGGAGAGGAGAAAGGCUAGAUGAGAUGCUAGCGCCCCAGGAGCAUUUGAUGUUACGUUCCCAGCCCCCAGAGGCCGACUACAGAGCUGCUACUGUCAAACAGAGACCUACCGGCAGGAGAAUCACAUCAGCAGAGAUCAGUUCGCUGUUUGAGAGGCAGGGCAUGGCACUACAUGGUGGGCUCCACCCAGGGAUGGAGAGGGCUCAUAUGCAGCUGCCUAGAGGGAUGUCCAGGACCAAGUCAUUCGGUGCGACUGAGGAGGACCGACUGUCGGCUUUGGCUGGAGAACACCGUUUCCCCCGGAGCUCUUCCAUGACUGACAGCCUCCGAGACCACUCCCACUCCCAUUCUAUCCCGCCCCCUCCCCAGACUGCCCCCCCCCCUCCCCCCUCCCUCUACUACCUGGACACUGGCCCUCCCCCCUCCUUCUGCCCCCCUCCUCCCCCUGCCAGGGGUCAAGGUCAGGGUCAUGAUCCUGGAGGUCGUUCCAGCUUCAAGCCCUCCUCCCUGGACCUGGACCGGCCCUACGACCCAUCGCCCCGCCAGUCCUCCCAUCUCGAACGCCAGAAGAAGACAAGGUCAAUGAUUAUUCUACAAGACUCCUCCCACUUACCCGUGGAGCCCACCGACAUCCCCCGACCCUCUGCCUCCGCUACACCACCCGAGCGAAUUAAAAGGAAAGGACGGGUGAUUGACAACCCGUACGCCAAUGUGGGCCAGUUUAGUAUUGGGUUGUACACGCCCACCAAGCCCCAGCGCAAGAAGAGCCCUCUGGUGAAACAGCUACAGGUAGAGGACGCUCAGGAGAGAGCCAGCAUCGCCUUGGCUGCCGCCCACUCCCGAGAGCCCUCCCCCUCAGGUCGACACCCACACACCCACAGCCACACACACACCAGCCGGGGGAAAGGUCCGUUUGCUGCCGCUAUCGCCGGCGCUGUGAAGGACCGAGAGCGCCGUCUAGAGGAACGGAGGAAAUCAACAGUCUUCCUGUCGGUGGGGACCAUGGAGGGGGGGUCUGGGUCUGUCCCUGAGGCCCCCUCCUACACCACAUCUCGCUCCAUCGAUGAGCGCCUGCUCAGCAGAGAAUUUGGCCAGCUGCCACCCCCUGCCCUGGCCCUGCGUCCCUCACCUGGUGGCACUACCUUCAUCCACCCACUCACAGGGAAGCCCCUGGAUCCUAACUCGCCCCUGGCUCUUGCGCUGGCCGCAAGAGAGCGGGCACUUACCUCCCAGACCCAGUCCCCCGCCAGCAGCCCUGAGCCCAGGACUAAACAGGACAGGGCUGGGGCUGGAAGUCAGGGGGCUUCGCUCUUCAUCGACAGCCAGACCAAAGAGCCUCAGCAUGGGGACGGGAGUCCGGGGUCGCCCCAGGCUGGAAAACCCCAGUGGGGAGCAUCCUCACCCACCUUGCUUCGCCAGGAGAUGGAGGGGAGAGUAGAGGAGAGAAAGGAGGAGAGGAGAACGGAGGAUAAGAAGAGUUUGUUGAUCAGUAUCAUGGACACAUCCCAACAGAAGACGGCUGGACUAAUCAUGGUCCAUGCCACCAGUAACGGCCAGGCAGUGGGGCUGGAACCAGGGCUGGAGCAGACCCCCACCUCCCCAGCCACCGAGCCCAGUAAACCCUCCCUCAAUCGGGUUCCAUCGCCUAGCCCCUCUGCCUCUCAGCCCCAGGCCCAGCCCCAGGCCCAGCACCCCUCCAGCCCAGCCCAGGCUACCUUGGCCCAGGGCAGUUCAGAGGAAGAUGUCGAGCCCUACACAGUGAGCCUACCUCCAGCAAUGCUGUCCUCAAGUGAUGAGGAGACCAGAGAGGAGCUGAAGAAGAUCGGGGUGCUCCCACCUCCGGAUGAGUUCGCCAACGGGUUCCUGACCCCCACCCCGCCUCAGGGCCCUCCUCUCCAGCCUUCCCCCGGAGGAGCAGUCGUCUCAGGGAAGCCCUCGAACCCGGACCAGUCCCAUCCUCCAGCCCUGUUGGCUGAGUCUGGUUCAGCAGCAGACUCUGGUGUGGAGGAGGCAGACACACGCAGCUCGAGUGAGAGAGAGCGGGACCACCACCUGGAGACCACCAGCACCGUGUCCACCGUCUCCAGCAUGUCCACUCUGUCCUCGGAGAGUGGUGAGCCCGCCGACACACAUACCUCCUAUGCCGACGGGCAGAGCUUUGUGCUCGACAAGCCACCAGUGCCUCCCAAGCCCAGGCUAAAAUCCCACAUCGGAGGCAGUAAAGGCCCGGUAACCUUCAGGGACCCGUUGCUGAAGCAGAGCUCUGACAGCGAGCUGUUAUCCCAGCAGCAGGCAGCUGCUCUUGCUGCAGCAGCAGGCCCAGGGAGGCCCCGCUACCUCUUCCAGAGGAGGUCCAAGCUGUGGGGGGACCAGAUGGAGGCGCGAGGACCCGGGGUGGGGUUAGGGAUGGGGAGUCUUGGCAGUCUAGGGGGGUUGGGGCUAGGGCUGGGGGGUGAGGAGGGAGGCAAACCAUCGGUGAUUGGGGAACUGAGUUCCAGACUGCAGCAGCUGAAUAAGGAUACCAGGUCUCUGGGGGAGGAGGAGCCACUGGGGGCAUCGCUGGACCCUGGGAGGAAGUCCCCUGUGACAGGCGCCAGACUUUUCAGCAGUCUAGGAGAGCUCCACACCAUUUCCCAGAGAAGCUACGGCACUUCCUACACCAUCCGGCCCGGCAGCCGCUACCCCAUAACACGCCGAAUCCCAAGCCCCGGCUCGGGCUCCCCAGAUCGGGGUGACCCCCUAAGUCGACUCCCAGGCUUCGGCUUACCCAUUUCGCCCACCACGCCGCCCCACACAAUCCUCAAGUCAUCCAGCCUCAGCCUGCCCCAUGAGCCCAAAGAGGUGCGCUUUGUUAUGAGGAGCUCCAGCGCCCGGUCCCGCUCCCCGUCUCCCUCUCCCUCUCACUCUCCUGGGCUGGGCUCACCCCUCCUGGCCCUCAGACCCUUCCACCAGAAGCCCCUCCACCUGUGGAACAAGUACGACGUUGGAGACUGGCUGGAGAGCAUCCACCUCGGGGAGCACAGGGCCGGCUUUCAGGAGCAUGAGAUUGAGGGCUCGCACCUGCCAGCACUCACCAAGGAGGACUUUGCUGAGCUGGGGGUGACGCGGGUGGGACACCGCAUGAACAUCGAACGAGCACUCAAACAGCUGCUGGAGAGCUGA